GGACCCAACAAACUGUUGUGCGCCAAUUGCCAUGUUUGCGUUGCAUAAACAUUUGCGUUAUUACUUUGGCAAUCGUUAUUAUAUAUAUUAUCGACAAUGCUCGCAAAAGGCGAAAACGGGCAUAAUGCUGCUAAAUAUGGGUGGCCCGGAAACUACAAAGGAAGUACAAAAUUUUUUAACACGUCUAUUCUCUGACAAAGAAAUUAUCCGUAUGCCGUUCCAAGAUCUUCUAGCUCGUUUUGUAGCAUGGAAAAGGUCACCUAAGAUCGAGGAGCAGUAUUCUCGAAUUGGUGGUGGGUCUCCAAUUCUCUAUUGGACCAGAGUACAAGGUGAAAUGAUGGUGAAACACUUAGACGCUAUCAGCCCAGAAACAGCUCCUCAUAGAUUCUACGUUGCAUUUCGUUAUGUCCAUCCUCUUGUGGAAUCUUGUGUUAAUGAAAUGGAAAGAGACGGUGUAGAGCGUGUUGUUGCUUUCAGUCAGUAUCCACAGUACAGCUGUGCUACUUCGGGAAGCAGUUUAAAUGCCAUUGUUCGUCAUUACGAAAGGGAAGAAAAAACUUUCAAUGGUGUGGAAAGUAUUGAGCUUCCUUCUGUACAGAACAAAAGUCCUGGACCGAUCUGGUCCUUUAUUGACAGAUGGCCUGUUUUUCCCCCGUUGGUUAACAGUUUCGCCAAUAAAAUUCUUGACGAGCUCCAGAGUAUUAAUGAUGAAACAGAGCGUGCGAAUACCGUCCUAAUUUUCAGUGCACAUUCGGUUCCACUAUCUGUCGUCAAUCGCGGUGAUCCUUAUCCUCAGGUGGGUUUAAGACAUUUAUGGCGUGUAGACGCUUAGCAUUGUAUACUCACAGAACAGUUAAAGACCCCACCACUUUGACUUUAUUGUAUUUGUAACGUACUUCGUCCAAAAAUAAGCCCACAUAACUUAGAAUAUUUUGCUUACAGUAUGAAAAUUUGCAUUAUUCAUCUGGCCUAUCACUAUUCAGUUCAUUUUUAACCGACGGAUCAUAUCAUAAAGUCAGUUUCUAUCUUAGAUUAAAUUAUCAAGUAGCGUUAACUGUUAUACACGUAAAAACAUCCGGUUAUGUUGAUUUACACAAACAUACGAUAAAAAUUUUCCCAUUUUCAAACACCAAGCGGAACUUCCAAUUAAUCUGAAGUCUUAGAAUUCUUUUAACAUCUAUAAUUUGCAUCUACUUGGAACCUCAACUCUUAUCAAAUUUACUAUGUGGAGCCAACGGACGAUUAAAAUCCGAAACCGCGUUUUAAGUCCUCAUGUUUAACUUAACGAUGACAAUAAGCUAAAGGUCUUGAAGAAUCUAAUAGCCACGUAGUUCAUAUUGUUUUUUGAAAAACUAGAACAUAUUCGUAUGUUUCUAACAAAUAAUUGGGUUUUGAGAGCCUGGUAGCACCACCAUCCACGACAAAGUGUCUUAAAGCCGAGUAUUCAAACUCUUACUUAAUCUGCAAGUCAUAAUAAAGUAAUUACUGGUUAUCUGUUUAAUCCAACCAUUUCCAUAACUACCUACAUAGCUCUCCAGAUUUAUGUCAUUAAGUCGGUAAAAUUUAUGAGCUUUUAAAAGUAGAAAAGUCAAAUUGGAAAUGACAUCCCUUUGUUUGAUUCUGGUUUUUUUGUUCAGUUAAGUGAAACUUGAAAGGUCCAUAUCUAUAUCUAUUUAAAGUGGUUGAUUUCAGGAUAUUACUUGUUUUCAGAUUUCAUUUGUUAACUACUUCCAGGAAGUAGGUGCCACUGUUCACGCAAUCAUGAAACAACUCAAUUUCUCAUGGCCUUAUCGUCUUACUUGGCAAUCUAAAGUUGGUCCAGCUGCUUGGUUAGGUCCAUCAACAGUAGACACCCUAUAUGGGUUGGGUCGUUUAGGAUAUCGACACGCGCUAUUAAUUCCUGUUGCAUUCACUCUAGAUCAUAUUGAAACCCUGUAUGAAAUGGACAUAGAAUAUUGCUCUGAAAUAGCAGCUAAAGCCGGUAUGGUUUCUGUACGCAGAUCACAAUCACUGAAUGGUGACCCUGCAUUCAGUCAAGUAAGUGGUAUUGUUUAGUGUUCGAACAAAAGAUUGACAGUUGUCGUUUUUUCAGUCUCAUCUUGUAAAGGUCAAAGGGGAUGAGAAGCUACCCCCAGAGUUCAAUGUAAUGUAAACUUUUUGUAAGCCUCGAUUAUCAUAAAGAAUAUAACUAUUCAUAACUGGGUAGAUUGUAUAAUUUCUAUGAACUAUCUGUUUGAGUCACUACGUAACAACUGACGUGUGUAAUGUUAAAAUUAUCAUCGUCCAUCUCCAGUAACAGUUGAUUACAGCAUUCAAAAUGUUUUGUAUUGCUGUAACAACAUAAGUUCUUACCUCACCUUAAUAGUUUAACUAUAGCAGAAAGAACAGGGAGAUUAUUCAGACGUUGGUCAACAUAAAUAGUUUUGUCUUCCUAUGGAGAAAAAUACAGUAUAAUUAACAUUUCCAAGUGAGAAAAGGUAAAUUGCACUCAUACAUUCAUCUAAACCAAGUUAAACCAACUCUAUCCGUUAUAUCUGGACAACUGAAAGUGUAUACGUGGGUGGUAAAAAUAUAACAAAUGAUGUGAAGCCUCUUGUGAAUUAUGGUGGUAUCAUUGAAAUAUCUUGCUUUGAACAAUUUUAUGAGCUACUGUAAUGGUUGUCUCUGUAUAAGCUUUGUUUCGCAGCUUCAGUGAGAACAACGGUAUUUACUAGAUUGCAAAUAUCCAGUUAUCAGUUCGAAAAUCGGACAUGCAUCUCUUAUGUUUCGCUUCUCACAGAAAAGUAAUAAAAUGAUGUCUUUUUUCUUUAAAAUAAAGAAGGCAAAAAACAUUGUUUUUUCUACGACAUUUACAUUGUAAAACUUUCAGUUUACUUUCGACUUAAGAAUUUGGAAUGGGAUUAUGUUAUAGGGUUUUUAUCUACUUUUGUCUUUGGAUCCUGUUUCAUUUUCAAUGUGUUCAUAUUGCUAAAUAUUAAGCAUUCUGUUAUCAUAGUCAUGUGUUUGUAGGAAUUAAAUAUUAAUUUUACCUGAGAUAGUUUUUUUAUUUCAGGGCCUAGCCGAAUUAGUCCUAGAUCACCUUCGUCUGGGUGAUCCAUGCUCGAAACAGUUCAUGCUUCGCUGUCCGAUGUGUACUAACCCAUCUUGUGAACGUACCAGAAAGUUCAUUAUGGCCCAAAAAGAACGAGUACAUGGAUGGACAACUCUGCACUUGCCGAACAGUGAGCGUGUACGCUUAUGUAGAUAUAACUAAAGACUGAAACCAUUUUUAAUUGUUUCUAAAUAAAAAUUUUCUGUUUCGAA